AUGCAUGUAUUCUAUGACCAGUUACUUGAGCUAGUAAAGUUAAUAGCUGACAGGUCAAUUGGGGCAGCGGUACCUCAGGUAGAGGGUACAUUUUUGCUAAAUAGUCCAGAACUAAGGAAGGGUCCCAUGUUAUCUGAUUCAAGACAAGUCAUAGAACUGCCGAUUGGUUUAGACUGGGUGGAAAUUGUGAAACACACAGCAGAUCAAUUCGAUGGACAUGUACGCAUACUCAUCGCGGUACUGCUUUCGCAGUGCCCCAGGAUGAGAGCUGACAACAUUACAGACUACAGCAUACUGAUCCCGGUACCGCUUUGGCAGUGCCCCAGGACGAAACCUGAUAACCUUGCAGAGUACAGGCUCAAGGUGUUAGGCUCUGUUGUCAGAUUCACCAGAGCACUGGCGUACAGUGUUGCCACAGCUCAGGCAUGGGAUAUCAGAUCAUAUGGGAACAAGGCUUUUGAAUACGCGGAUAUGAAAUUCUUUAGUGCAGCUCAGAUAGUGGUUAUAAUAUUGAUGUAUAAGAUACUGAAGAUGAUCCAAGUGAGAUGUGAGCUGUUAUCUGUACUUUUGGUAGACAUAGUACAAGGAACUUCUCCAGAAAAUCACUGGAAGCUUCUGCGCAUAUGCCAUGAAUCAUGCUGUAGACUGAUAGAGUUGUUUAAUAAGAAUUUCGGAGUUACGGUACUUCUGCUCAUGAUGCAGACGGUGAUGAAUGCUUUGAAUGCAACUUUGUGGUGUUUAGAAAGAAAGUACAGCCAAGUAGAAGGUAUAGAAGAUAUCGUGGCCAACUGUUUCUUCUAUCUUUUGGGGUUGAGCCUCGCAGGUGCCAUCAUUGUGGGAUGCGACAAGGUAAUCAAGGAAAAAGAAAAGUUCACCAAACUGUGUUAUCUGUUACAACCUGAUGGGACAAAAGGAGAUGUCGGCCGAAAGCUAGAAGAAAUGGCUCUUUUUUUAGAAAAGCAUUCACCGGUUUUCACUGCCGCUGGAUUCUUUGACGACUACCGUAAGAUCGUUCGCCUAUUCCGAGAGGAAGAAGUGCCCCAUCACACUUUUCCUCUCCCUUUGGAACGGAACAUCCAUGCGGUGGUUCGAGGAGUUCCCGUCAACUUUUCGGAUACUGAGAUUAAGGGAGAACUGGAGCAGAGAGGAUAUAGCCCUCUUCACAUCAUUCGAUUGAAGCGCAGCGGCGGCGCGCCCAUGCCUUUGGUGGUCGUGAUACUGCCCAAGACUGAAAAGUCUCAGCAAGGGUUCAGCGAACACGAACUGCUGGGACUGGCCAUUCGAGUUGAGGUUCAGAAGAACUCCAGACUCAUUGGGCAGUGUCACCGCUGCCAAAAGUAUGGGCACGCCCAGUCAUAUUGCACUGCACCGCCCAAAUGCUUAAAAUGUGCAAAGGACCACAUGACGCAUUUGUGCCAACUCACAGAAGAGGAAGAACGCAAGUGCGCGAACUGUGGAGAGGGACAUCCCGCAAAUAGCCGGACUUGCAAGUUCACUCCAAGGAGGAACUUGCAAGUUAUAGCGCAAAGGCGCAAUAUAUCAUACGCGGACGCAGCUCGGGAGGCAACCUUGCCUGCCCCUUCUGCCCAACCUCCCUUGAGCACGCAAAAUGUGGACCUGGCAACCGCGCUAAGGUCCUUACAACAAAUAAUAAGCCCACUGAUUAGCGCUACCCAAGCGUUGCAGGCGAUAUUUCCUGUAAAUGUCUAG